CAGGAAUGUCCGGAUAUCUUAAUAUCAUUUAGUUAAGAAUGAACUGUUAUCGGAUUCGGUUGAUUUGGUUCUAAGUGCGACAGUGAUUAAGUUCUGAGUCAGGGCUACAGAGUAACAGGAUAUAAUAAAGGAAUACUGUGGUCGCCACUUAACCCAAAAUGAUGGUAAACAGCGACCAAAAGAAAUCUCGUAUGUCAACAUUAAACAUCAAAAAUAGUUACUCAGCUGAAGCAUCUUCUUUACGGUCCGUUAGUUCCGAUGAUGCGUCAGGUGUGGUUCGUGACCAAUGUUGUAACGACAAUAAUUCCACAACAACAUCGAAAGGAACCAUACCACAAAACGGCAGUAGAAUUCAAUUAUUUCAAAUGAUUAUUCUACCGUUUAUUCCAAUACUCGCGUUAAUCAUUCAGACCUCGUUCAUGCUAAAUGAUAUUUUGAUAUAUCGAAUGGAGUGUACAGAAAUUGAGACACAAGUGUCUGUAGCUACUGACUUAGGAAAACUUGUAACGAGAUUGCAGCUCGAACGUUCGGAAGUUGCUUUUUUCAUAUUUACCAAUGGCAGUACGUUAAGAUCAAAUUUGCCACAAAGAUUCGGCGUAACAGAUCAAGCCAUAAAUAAGUUGUCCGCCUUGCAGGAUUCAAGUAUUCCGAUCAAGGCAGUGGAAAAUGGAAUGGAAAUUUUUCUUAAUCGGUCAGAGUUUCAUUCUCGCUUGAAAGAUUUUCGGCAGAAAAUAAGUUCGGAAGAGAGCAGCAUAACGGAAGUUAUGGAUUGGUAUACUGCCAUAAAUGGUGGUUUAUUGGACCACUUGUCGAAGCAGAUCAAAGAGACGGACAAUAGUGGUGUGUGGAGACAUUUAGUGGGCUUUAAGAAUUUAUUAAGGAGCAUUGAGUGCUAUGGUAUUGCGUCUGUUCAUGGAAUUAACUAUUUCGGUAGAGGCGUUCUGGGAUAUGAAAAUUAUGUGGCUUACAUUAGAAACGACAUUUUGGGUCGCGAUCUACUGAAUGGAUCGUUGUACUAUGUACCAGCACUGAAAAUUUUAUACAAAAAUUUGACAAGAGUUAUGCCCGAUUAUGGUCAUUUAAGAAAUUGGAGUAACAUCAUCCUAAAGAACACUCGCAUUAAUUCUUCAAUUGAAAAUGCCGUCAACUAUUUUGAUGUUAUGUCAACGUAUUUGGAUGAACUGCGUAAAAUUCAAAGAGAAUUAAGGCAUCAGAUAAGAAAUGACGUAACAGCCAAAAUUCGACGAGCUAGUAACAGCGAAGCGGUUGGAAUAUCUAUUUUGGUUGUAGUCUUGCUCGUCUCACCAGUAAUCAUAUUUUUAGUCAGAAACGCAGCGAAUACCAUUCAGAUGUACGCCGACAACUUGUCAAUCAAAGCGAAAGAAUUGAAACGAGAAAAGAAGAAAAGCGACACAUUAUUAUUCCAAAUGUUACCGUUGAGUGUUGCAACACAACUUAAGCAAACACGAAAGGUGCCAGCCGAGUAUUAUGAUGACGUCACAAUUUACUUUAGCGACAUCGUUGGCUUCACUGAAAUAGCAGCAGAGUGUACUCCAUUAGAGGUCGUCACAUUUCUCAAUUCCAUUUACAAAGUGUUUGACUCUCGGAUCGAAUGUUACGAUGUGUAUAAAGUGGAGACCAUUGGGGACAGCUAUAUGGUCGCCUCGGGACUUCCAAUAAAGAAUGGGAAAAAACACAUUUCCGAGAUUGCAACAAUGGCACUGGAUUUACUCGACGCUACUAAUCUGUUUAAGAUACCACGCAGACCAAGUGAAACUUUGCAAAUACGCUCGGGUAUACAUUGUGGUAGUUGUGUAGCCGGAAUUGUCGGAACCAAAAUGCCACGGUAUUGCCUAUUCGGAGAUACCGUUAAUACGGCUUCCAGAAUGGAAACUACUGGCGAAGCUCUCCGCAUUCACAUAACAAGCGAAAUGAAUGAUGCAUUGGCAGCCAUUGGUGGAUUUAAAACCGAACACCGAGGCUUGAUUGACGUUAAGGGCAAGGGCUUGAUGAACACAUUCUGGCUGACUUGUCGAGAUGGUGCACCAUUGCCGGUACACGAAGAGAUUGCUUGGUUUGCUGAUAUUCAACCUGUCUUUUUUAGAUAUUGAAAAGAAUUUGAAAAUUUUAUUAUUUUCUUGGAGAGCCUUGCUUAAUAAAUGUGCUUUACGUAAAUUGAGAAUUUUAUGGUUGAAUAAUUGGCCGCUGCUGCUGGUAUCGAGUGACGAACUUGGAGCAACACAACACAAACUUUACACGAAAUGAGGACGUGAGGAUUGCAUAUCAUCGUGUGCUGACAAUAAAAUCAAGCAGGAAAAUCAAGCACCUAAAUAUCCACUCUUCCGAUCACAAAUAUCUCCUGAACAGAUUAAUAUCCAAUUACUCAACAGUUUGAUGGUUGCUACUUAUAUCCAAAUAAAUGUUU